AUGAUCCGUCGGAGAACGGGAGCUUCAGAGGGAGACCAAGAUCACGACUAUGAAACAGCCUUGGGUCAAGGAGCAUCAGAGGGCAGAGCUCAUGCUACUCCUUCUGUUAUCCACCGAGGGGAAGCCUCACCUGGAAUGCUGGAAGCUGGCGCUCUGGGGAAUGCGGGGGAGCUACCGACAGCUCACCCGUUCUACAGUGAGAAGGCGCGAGAGGAGAUUGCGCUCAUGAGGCAGCGACCUAGCACUCUGGACGAAGACCAGGCUCGGGUGAACGCCGAGAUGGGUUUCUCCGAGGUGGCCGCGGACAAGGAAUGGUUUCCAUCCACCGGUGAGGAGGUUGGAGACCCGAAGGAGCCUGACUAUGGGAAGGCUUUCAUGGGGGCUUCUGGACCAGGAAGUUCCGCAAUGAGCGCUCCCCGUGUUGCUCGGAUCGAGCCGACGACGGGCUCAUCUCCGGGUUUGGGUGAGCGACGAGGACUGGCUGUGGAUCCUACGGAGCCGGCUCAGAAGAGCGGAAGGGAGGAUGCCGUUGGACUGGAUCUGAAGACGACUCAAGGUUCAGGGCCGAACAGUCAGGAUAUGGCAGCUGCCACCGAGGGUGGCGGUGAGGAUUAUCCAGAGCUGAUACCGGCUGAGCCGGACCGCUUGGCGAGAAUGGAAUUGCUGUUGGGUCAGGUGAUUGAGGAGAACAAGAACUUGAAGCGCCAACUGCAGUCGGAAUCCCAUUCCUCUUGGCAUAGUGCGAGGACACCUCAAGAGGUGCUUUGGGGAGAUUGCCAGCAGGUGAGUAUGGACCAAGCACAGCCGUGGGGCAGCAACACUCUCUUGUGGGAGCCAGGAAGGUUAGCGAUCGACCCGGCUAGCGUAGUUGCGAGUUACGACGUGGUAAAGUAUCAGCGAAUCGAAAGUAGGGCGGUGUCUCUUCUGUUGGCGGCCGUUCCUGCGGGGCUAAAGGAGGACAUCGUAGUGAACAGGCAGGGCAUUUCCGACCUGAGUGUCCUUUGGUUCCGGAAGAGCAUAGGCAAACCUUGUCUGAUCCAGGGUUCCCAGGCUCAGGCGAAGGGGAUAGUUGAGGAUCCUGGGUCAGGCGGCGGAGGAUCCGAGGGAAAUUUGCCUGUGUCGUCGAGUGCCAGUGCUGUAGCCAGUCAAGAGAACCUUAUCGCCGAAGCGGCGAAGCUACUUAAGAAUGUGACAUUGAAGGUUCUUAAGGUUGUGGAUACAGGAAGAGGUGACGAGGACUUGAAGGUUGAUGGUGCCUGGUUGUUGAGUGCGAUUUCAGGGCCGUCGGAUGCCGGUUUUGCACUGGUUGACAGUGGUGCUACUAAUGCGUUGAGGCCAGCAGAGUUGUGGGAACUGGAACAGGGGAGGUCGAUUAACGUAGACUUGGCUAGUGGAGUGGCUGAGCUUCGGAUCAACUCAUGCGGAAUCUCGAGGUUGGCUGGCGAGAAGGGAUCGCUUCGGGAUCGAGUCGUAGCGGAGCUCCGGGUGAUGCUGGUGUUCGCGGUGGCCCAGGCGGCCAUGGAAGCUAAGAGCCAAGUUUUUUCUGCGUUGUGUGCCGAUGAACUGCAACAGGGUGUUGUGGAUAGUACUGAUUUCCACGAACCCCAGGAUUUGGCAACUUGGGCGUUGAGAAAGGCAGCGGCUAAGCUAGCAGGCUCCAGUGGGGAAGCUACCGAGUCACUUCUUCCUGGGAACGGAGCAUCAGUUUUUCUGGUGUACGAACGGAAAGGGGGACAAGAUCCGGGGGAGUGGGCAGAUCUGGCUCAUAAGGAGAUUGAGAUUUUUCAGAAGUUGUAUCAUCUCAGUAACUUGGAGUUCGAUCAAGGUCCCUUUAUUGAUGGUGUGUCCUACAGUGAGGAAGCGAGUGGUCGCGAUAAGGGCGGGGGGUACAAGUAUAUGCUUGUCGGAACCUAUGCGGUGCCAGCGAAUUUCUCUGACACCAGGGCCAAGGAUUCGCCAGAGGGUGGUAUUGGUAGCGUUCUUGAGGGCGAGCUAUCGGACGAUGACCAGCCUGAGUUGGUGGCGCAGGAGGGCCCGAAAGACGAUUCUGCUUUGUUGGAUGAGCUAUGGAAUCUGCCAGAACCUUCGCAGGCGGAGCUUAAGGCGGUAACGCAUCGAGUCCGGGGUAAGCAUCCAGAAGCAGAGGACGUUCCGCGUGAGCCGGAGAGGGAGAGCAGCGUUAAGCAUUACACUUUGUUUAUGGGUGUACCGGUGCGAUCGAAGCACGCUAAAGAGAUUCUUCCCAAUGUACAAGCUAUGAUCAAUCGGCUGGAGGCGUCUGGGUUUCCGGUUCAGAGAUACCAUUGUGAUCGUGCACAGGAGCUGAAAUCGGCAGCCCUGCUCAGUUGGUUGAAGCAUCAAGGAAUUUAUACAACGUUUACAGCCGGUGAGUGCCCGGCGGGCAACAGGGAGGAUUGUGGAUUGAAGGGGAAAAGGGCUGUGGACCGGUUUAUCGGGUGCUGCCAGAUGGAAGAGCCCGAGGUGGGAAGAUACACGAUGUCCAUCAGGAACCAGCCCUGUUUGAUGGGGGACUUCGGUAAGGCGACGGCCGAGCAUAGAGAGGAGCUGAGAGAGCUGGGUUUUCCAGUGGAUAAGGUUUGGGGUGAUGGUGCGGAUGUUUGCGCAGAACCAGGGUUGGAGGAGACCGCUGAGCAGCUACGUUCUACCGAGGUUCUAUGCGAAUGGUUGGAGGGCUGUCUUGAUGAGUGGACCUUGAAUUCUGAGGUAUCAUUGAGGGCUCUUCAAGUAGAGGUGCCAUUGGCGGGUGAGUCUGUUCCUGAUAGGUUCCUGCAAACUCGUACGGUUGGUCUUGUAGAAGCAAGAUCGGAGCUAGGAUUGUGGAAGGAACCUGCCUUAGAGGAAGUGACGAGCUUGGAGACUACGAAUCAAGCUGUGGAUAGGGUUAAAGCGGCGUUAGUGGAUCAGUGGAUUGAGCAGGGGUAUACUGUGAUUCAGUUGCCUGGUAAAGCAGUUCUCACGAGAAAGAGCGGAACAGGAAAACGCCGUUUUCGGGCUGUGUGUUGUGGAAACUACCUCCCCCCAGAGAAGCUGGGUCUGUCCAAGGAUGAUGUGUACGCUUCGGGGGUUGAGGCAGUGACUUUGCGAGUGGCCCUGUGUUUCGCGUCUAUCUAUUCAACCUGGACUGGGAUUACGAUAGACAUUAAGUCAGCAUUUCUGUAUGCUCCUAUAGGUACGCGAUCUAAGGAUCAGGAAGAGCGCAUCAUUGUGAAACCUCCGGCAUUGUUGGUAGAGCUUGGAGUGCUUGAGGCCAGUGACCGAUGGCACGUGCGCAAGGCGUUGUAUGGCUUGCCAACGUCGCCCCGAGACUGGGGAGACUACCGGGAUAAGGAGUUUAGGGCGCUUACUAUCAGUUGUGAAGGGGUUGCCUAUGGGUUGUUUCAAUCGAAGUCCGAUGAAUCCUUGUGGCUGGUUCAGCCUGUGGGGGAGCAGGGCAAGGGACCGAUAGCGGGAUUGUUGGUUGUGUAUGUUGAUGACUUGGCCUUCUUUGCCGCUGCGAAUCUCUGCCAAUGCUUCAUCGACCAGGUGCAGAAGAAGUGGAAAACCUCUCCUCCCAGUUGGUUCGGUGAAGAGCCGGUGACUUUCUGUGGUGCUGAGGUGACCCGGUCGGCCCGAGGUUAUCGGUUGACUCAGGUGUCCUAUCUGAAGGAGCUACUGAAUAGAUACAAUAUUGAGGGUACGGCGGCAUCGCCUAUAACGAAGUGGACUGAGCCUCCAGAGCAAGGUGUUCCGUAUUUGCAUAAAGUGGGAUCGUAUUUUUCAGAUCACGGUCAGUUGGCAUUACCUCGGCAGAACAACGUCGUGGAGGUGUACUCGGAUGCUUCUCACUCGCCGUGCGGUGGACGAUCAGUGCAGUGUUGCAUUAUCGUAUGGCGUGGUUCGCCACUGGCGUGGGAGAGCGCCAGGCAAGGGUUCACAACCCUUAGCUCCGCAGAGGCGGAGCUCGUGAGCAUGAUUCAUUCUGUUCAGUUGGGCGAAUGUAUCCAACCGUUAGUGGAGGAGCUUCUUUCGGAUGACAGCGUUCUCUCACUUCUUGCCGAUAACGCCGCAGCUAUACGAUCCUUCGAAAUGGCGCCAGCUGGCUGGCGUAACCGCCACUUAAGGAUGAGGGCGCAGGCUGGCAGAGAGCGCAUCGAGAAUAAUGUUUUGCGUGUCAAUCAUCUUGCAGGCCUGCACCAGGCGGCGGACAUUGGUACGAAGCCGCUGGCUCGAUCAAGGUUGCUAUAUCUGAUGGACCUCAUCAAUGUGCGAGACCAGCCCGCCUCACCAGAAAUGAUGAAAGCAGCUCGGGUUCUAAGCCGUUCGUAUGUAACGGGUCAACUCAGGGGAAUUUCCCCGGAAGCCAUUGCGGGUUUGGCCCUGUUGUGUAUGUUACCUGGUGCUCGUGGGCAACCCAUGGGUGAUCACUCCCGGUUGGUUUCCGAUUGGGUUUAUUGGGUAGUAGCCACGUUGGUCACGGUGGGUUGCGUUUUGGUUGGGACCUGGUUUCGCGGCUUUGUGCCUUCGGAGGAGCCGCUAGAGACUGCGAUUGUUGUUGCUGAGGGGGCUGGGAACCCAGAUAAUCUUGAUGACGAUUUCAGUCCUGAAGAAUGGGCUUCAGCUGAAGCCAAGUUGAUUGCUGCUGAGCGUUCUACGGGGCUUACAUUUGUGCAGAGGGCUAGGUUGAGGAAGCAACUGGCUAAAGGUGACUUGGUAGAUCCUCCGGUGUUUCAGCAGCGACACGGACCAUUACCGUACUGGCUUACAGGGCGCUCUGGAAGCAGUGGGGUUUGGACUGAAGUGCCAGAAAGGGGCUCAGGGUUGGUAGCCUUUUUGCUUAGGUUCGGAGUAACUCUUCUAGGGAUGAUUGGAGUUCCGCAGAAAGAGUGGGGAUGUUUGAGGAUGGUUUGUAGGAGACUUCGGAGUUUGGCUGCUGUGACUUUAGCUUCCCGUGUGCCUGGGAGACUGACAAGAGAGGGCGGGACGGGAGCUGGCGAAGGAAGGUCAGCGUCUUCGAAUGUAGGAGAACCAUCUGUUCCUUCCCCGCAGCCGUUUGGGAUCCAGCAGGAGCCGGGACGGAGUUCUGAAGGGCCGUGCGACAUGUCCGCAGGACGUGAUGGGUGCCCAAGUCCUCUUGGUACCGGUGAAGUGCUGUCCAGUUCAUCAGAAGAGCAGUCUAGAUCGCCGAGUCCUCUGGGUGCCAGUGAAGUGCUGUCCAGUUCGUCAGAAGAGCAGUCUAGAUCGCCGAGUCCUCUGGGUGCCAGUGAAGUGCCUUUCCGUCCAGCAGAAGAGCAGUCUAGAUCGCCAAGUUUUCGGAGGGUUGAGCGGGAUUUGGUUCAGGGUUCUAGUCUUCAGGAAGGCCCAGUUGCAGGGACGGAUGUUCAGGUUGGGGGGAGUGCAAGUAGUCAGGACCAGUUUGAGGUGCCGAGACCCAGGGUUCAGGUAGGAGGUAGUUCUGGUAGUCAAGGGCCUGCUCCUACCCCCAACGUGCAGCAUGGUGGCAGUUCCGGAAGUCACGGGAUGACAGUAGCCCCCAGCGAUGAGUUGUGUUAUGAGGAUUAUUGUGGUGAUGGGAUGCUUACAGAUCAGUUUCCGUAUGUAGGAUCUUGGUUGGUGACGCAUUACUUAGUUCAACUGUUGUCGCAAACUGGAGAGACUAUCCUCUGGACAGUUGGUGAGAGAGCGGGAGAGUGGAGAUCUCUUCGUUGUGCAUCGGCGGGAUUGAGGUACGCGUUAGUGUUUGCCGUAGUGGAAGUUUUGAGACGCGGUCCCCAAUCUCUCUUGUACAAUGGUCCCCAGUGGGUGAUGGCUACUGAGGAGUUCAUUCUCACGGAACCACCAUUAAUUAUGAGCUCAACUUCUAGAAGGCGGCCAGCAGGCCCCAUAGGAUUGGUAGCUAGGGGGGUCGUGUUUCCUUAUGUUGAGGGUCCCCCGGGUAUGAUUGCGCAUUUCCUGUGGCGGUUGCUGAUGGAAGAAGGUUGGUUACUUUUAGAGCUGUUGGGUGAUCGAACAGGGGCUUGGAGAGCCCUUCGUGCGGUUGCCCCAGGCUUUCGAGCAGGAGCCACUUUGGCUUUGACCGUGUGGCUCCGCAAGACGCGCCAUUUUUACAUGGCGAGCGCACAGGCUACCUACGAUGCUGCAGAUGCAUAUAUGCAAGGUAGGGAGCUUCAGUAUCCGUUCGUUGCAAGGGCUCCCGAGGAGGCGGAACAGUUGAGCUCUGGGCACGAGGAUGAUGAGAGUGUUGACGAUAGGCCGUUAAGACCUAGGACUGAGGAUCCGGGUAGGGUUCGUUGGGGUCCAGUAGGGCAGGCUGUGUUGGAGGACUCCUCCUCGGAAUCCGAAGGCUCGGGAAGCUCAACGACGGAGCCGUCGGUAGUCGGUGUGAGUGCUGACUCCAGUUCUGAGCAAUCUGAAGAGUGUCAGCCUGUGGAAGAGGGCACCCCCUUAGAAGGGUCGAGGGUUGGGGGUUUGCCUAGGACUUCGUACCAGGCGGCAGAAGGAAAGUUGCUUGUGUUCUACGGGGAUGAUGAGCUUGAGGUCCCUCUUCCUGGCUGGUCGCAGUCCGCGGUGCAAGGUAUUGUGACUGGUCUAGACGUUGGGGAUUGGUCAGGGCUCGAGGCUGCCGUACAGGGUUUAGGGGAAGCGGUACCUAGUGUUGAUGUAGAUGCUCCCGCUGAGCCCGAUCAGCUUGAGGCAGCUGAACCAGCCCCGGGACAGGGUUGGAUAGGGAGCUGGCUGCGGGUUGUAGUUACUCUCUGUCUGAUUUCAUGGAUUGUUUUGAGGGGCAUUCAGGGCGUUGGGGCUACCAAGGUGGAGGAGUGUGCUGUUGACCUUUUGGAACCCCGGGAUAGUCAGGCCCAGGCCCGCUCUGAUGCAAGGGAUGAUGUUGCCUUAAGCUGUGGGAGUAGUGCUUGCGAUGGGUCUAGUCUAUGGACGCUGUUUGUGAGCGCUGCGAGUGUUGGCAUCUGGGAACUCAGCAAGUCUCUGGCCUUUAAGUGUUUCAAGAGGGCACACCAACGAGCUGAUGCCGGUACGCAAACUUCGGAGCUGAAUGUAGUUCCGAUGCCUCUUGCAGAGGGCAUACCUUCCCGGGCACGCAUUCUGUACUCCUUCUGGCGUGCUGGAUAUGUGAUCCAAGCUGAGCAUUAUUCGGAAAGGAUUCAGAGGGAGUUUGAGACAUUAGUUGGGGGUUGGUUGUGUAGGAAUGAGGAAGGAUUAGUGUCCCCGCAGUCUUCUUCCGAUGGGGUCCUUUCUGAAUCGUCCUCAGGAGACCAAGGCCGUCUCGAGUAA